AUGGCCGGGGUGCCGCCGCCGCCCGCCGAGGCCGAGCUGCAGGUAGGCCCGGGGGAGGUCUGGGGGGGCACCUGCGCGAGGCCGCGCCCCGCAUCGGGAGCAGCCGCUGCCGCCAGCCUGGGCCCCCUCGGCUCCCUGAACGACGGGGACCCCCCGGCCGCCGCCGCCGCCGCCGCCCUGUCCCUGCAGACGCGCCUCGUGGAGAACCAGCCGUACGACGAGAGCCUGGACGUCAACGAGGCGGAGGACGUGGCCAGCAUCUACGCGCCCAGCCCCCUGCAGCCAGGCCCGCGGCCGGCGCGCUCCCACCACAAGAGCCUGGCCGAGAACAGCAGCGACGACGACGACGACGACGAGGCGAUCCUGAAGGAGAAAAAGGGGGCUCCAAUGGGGUCCCAGCAGCGAUUCAGCGGAAAUGAGGUGGAGGAGGACGACGACGACUCUUCAGAAACAGAUUCUGAUGAUGACGACGACGAUGAAGAGCACGGCGCUCCUCUGGAGGGGGCAUACAACUCCGCAGAUUACGACUACCUGCCAGUCUCUCUGGAGGUAAAAGAGCUUUUCCAGUACAUCCGGAGGUAUUCCUCCCAGAUGAUUGAUCUGGAGUACAAGCUGAAGCCUUUCAUUCCAGACUUCAUUCCGGCUGUGGGAGACAUUGAUGCCUUCUUAAAGGUUCCGCGUCCUGAUGGCAAGCCAGAUAACCUGGGUCUGCUGGUGCUGGAUGAGCCAUCGACCAAGCAGACGGAUCCCACGGUGCUCUCCCUCUGGCUGACCGAGAACUCCAAGCAGCACAACGUGUCCCAGCAGCUUAAAGUGAAGAGCCUGGACAAUGCCGAGAAGAACCCCAAAGCCAUCGACAGCUGGAUUGAGAGCAUCAGCGAGCUCCACCGCUGCAAGCCCCCAGCCACCGUCCACUAUGCCAGGCCCAUGCCGGAUAUAGACACCCUGAUGCAGGAGUGGUCUCCAGAGUUUGAAGAGUUGCUGGGAAAGGUCAGUCUUCCCACUGCAGACAUGGACUGCGGCCUGGCCGAAUACACAGACAUGAUCUGCGCUGUGCUGGACAUUCCUGUCUACAAGGACCACAUCCAGCCUCUGCACACCCUCUUCUCUCUCUACUCAGAGUUCAAAAACUCACAGCAUUUCAAGGCGCUGGCUGAGGGCAAGGCGGCUGCGAGCCCUUCCCCCAACACCCCCUUACAGGCAGCAGAGGCAGACGUCCUGAACUUCACCUGAGGCACUCACCUGUGGCAGGAGGGAGCGGACUAGGAGAACUGCUGAGCUGGGCCAGAGAUGCUCUGCUGGGGCAGGCUUCCUGUGGGGCACGGACGGUUACAGGUGGCCUCCGGGGUUCCCCGGGCCUUAGCGAGGGCCAGAGUCCUGCACUGAGGAUGACUGCUUUGCUCUGGAACUGCCGGAGGGCAUUCUGGUGAUGUUGGGUGCUUGAAGCGACUUACCUGCAAGCCUGCAUGAGAACUGUUCUUCCAUUAAAAGUGCUCGUGUAUGACAA